AUGGCGUCUCAGAAUUUGAUUUCGGGACGAGAAGGUUUGUUUAUGGAGGUGGAGAUUCGAAUUGGAGGGGUUGUAGGAUUACGGCGAGUUCUUCGGAUAGGGAUGCCAAUGGCGGAGGAAGAAGUCGGAGUUCGAAGUUAUGUAUCGGAGCACGGAGAAAAGGCUCCCAAUGUUGUUUACAAAGGCAAGGUUGACGAUGACUUUUAUAUUGCUAUGAAGCGUUUCAAUAGGUCGACUUGGCCCGAUGCUCACCAAUUUAUGGAGGAAGCCAAGACGGUGGGACAGCUGCGCAGUGAGCGCUUGGCAAAUUUGAUUGGGUGUUGCUGUGAAGGCGAUGAGAGACUCCUUGUUGCCGAGUUCAUGCCUAAUGAGACUCUCUCUAAGCAUCUUUUUCAUUGGGAUACCCAGCCUAUGAAAUGGGCAAUUAGAGUGCGGGUGGCUUUGUAUCUGGCACAGGCCUUAGAAUAUUGCAGCAGCAAAGGGCGAGCACUAUAUCAUGAUCUUAAUGCUUAUAGAGUCUUGUUUGAUCAGGAUGGUAAUCCAAGACUCUCCUGCUUUGGUCUUAUGAAGAAUAGUAGAGAUGGCAAGAGCUAUAGUACCAACCUGGCUUUCACCCCUCCGGAAUACUUGAGGACAGGAAGAGUGACAUUAGAAAGUGUGUUUUAUAGCUUUGGAACCCUACUACUUGAUUUGCUAAGUGGAAAACACAUUCCACCCAGCCAUGCACUUGACUUAAUACGUGGUAAAAAUAUUUCUAUGCUGAUGGAUUCAUGCUUAGAUGCAGCUAACUAUCGCGAUGAGCUGAGAGAAAUUGCGCCCCACUCUCUUUUGAAAUGCUCAAGUGAUGCAACAACCUUGCUUCUAUUUCCAAAAAGGCAGAAAGAGACCAUGGCUUCUCCUUCUCCUUCUCACCUCACAACUAUCCCACAACACCUCUCAAAACCCUCCCUUUCCCAAUUAAACUUGAAGCCAGUCGAGCUCCGUGUGAGGUCGAGUUUGGAAAAUGAGAGCAGUGGCACUGAGGAUUCUGGUCACUCAUCAUCAAAACCUCUGAAGUACAAGAACUUUUUCAUGUAUGAGGUUCAAGUGGUGGAGCUAUUGUUUCUCUUUGAUGUUUUUGAUGUUUCCCUUCAACUCAGUGGCAUUUUAUCCUUUUGA